UAUAUGUUCUCACUUCCCCACCCCUACUGUGGUAAUAAUAUUCUAGACGCCCCUAAACAUCAAGUGGUAUGCUCCGUUGCUAUGCUAUCUUGUGUAGACAUUCUCCAGGGUGAUGAAGAAGAUGUAGUUCGUCGGCCAGGAAAACACAUAACGUCGUUCGAUUUAAAAACACAAAUUGUGUGAACCGGGGACGAAUGUCACCAUGGCUGGGAUAAGAAGAGUUAACGGGAAACUAUCGGGAAUUAGCCCCGCUGUCAGUUGCGGUCGCAUCCGUCAGGUUCAGUCUCUGCUCUGUGAGGGAGGCAUUGCCACUCCCGAUGGGAUCCUGUGCUCUCUCGGAAUUGACAGCCGAUAUAACGAGGGGUGCACCGAGCUAGCGAAAUACCUGUUCUAUGGACUCUAUGGAAGAAAUGCGCUGAUUCUUGAACAUGACUUUGAGGAGUUUCCUGAUGAAAUGCUGGAUGAUGUAAUCCUGCUGAUCAAGGCGGAUUGUGUUCAUCUGUACUGCAACCCAAUGAACUACAGUUACCUGUUGCCCUACGUGUCCCACUGGAGGAACCUGCAUCUCUACUGCAUGACGGAGGCGGAGUAUGAAGAUGAAGAAGCAGCAGAAGAAUUCAAAAUUUCCAGUUUUGUCACAAUGGUGCAGGACUGCUAUCGUAUUGGAGUACCUCACAGCUCCCAGGGACACUUCCAGAGGUUUGACAUGUUUAUGGUGGAAAAGUGGCCCCUGAUUCAAGCAUUUGCCCUGGAAGGCAUUGGGAGAGGGAGCUUUUUCACCAUGAAAUACAAGCUCAUGGACAUGAGUGAGAAUCUAUGGCAGGUUUACAACAGACUCGAUCCAGUGUCUCUGGAUAAUCUCCUCACAGAGGACUUGGUGAACUUUGAGAAGCAGUGGAGUGGCUUUUUCUCCAGCAUGGACCUGGAGAGCCAUCUAUCCAUCUUGGAGCUAUCUGAGGCUCAGGCAGGAGAGGCAUUCCGUACUUAUUACUCUCAUGGACUGAUGUCAAGUAACAUCACAGAUAAAAGUAAAAGUCAGCAGCCCUUCAUGUUGUUUGGAAAGCAUUCGUCCUCGGAGGAUUUGGAGAGUUAUUCGUUCAACUUUGCCUCAGAGAGUCAUCAGGUCCGCAACACGGGAGCUGAGGCGUCUGCAGCCAGACACAUGAUUCUGCAGUGUGUGGCUCCCAAGAGACCCCUAGCCUGCUCUCGGACCUAUUUCUUUGGGACCACCCACUCUCCAUACCUUGGAAAUCAAAACACAGAGAAAAAUAGAACAGAAGUCUUACUUUUGUCUCAGAUCUAUUCAGCUGCUGUUCAAGCCGUCCUGUCAGGAAUCAAAUGCUACUCCUUUACCUCCAGCGCUACCAAGGCCAAGGAUGUAGCAGAGAACACCUUUCUAGUGGCUUUGGACUCAAUGAAUUUAAGUCAGUACCGGAGUUCUCUAAGGUCCAAAUGUGAAUUCCUCAUACAAGCAGUGAAUAUGCAAGGAAGGAUCAUUCCUCUGACUGAUAAAGACAGCCGUUACGUAGUAAAAACAGCCUCCAUGAAGGUCCAUGACAUUCCAGACCUGCAGUGGGACGGGGGCGACCUGGGCUCGGUGGUCUUCUCUGAAUCAUUCUUGGAGUCCAGCAUCAACAUUCAACAGAAAGACGGCACUGUGUCCUCAGACAGCUGCUACACCAUCCUGACUACAACUGUGCCUCGAUACGCCUGCUGGCUGAUGGAAUCGGAUUUCAAGCAAUCUCAGCAAGCCCAACAUCUUGCCACGAAAGAGGAAGGCACUUGUCUGGGAACUGCUCUGACUGCCCCAGAUGCUGCAUACGUGUUCUCCAGCAGCCAGCUCUCCACACCUGAAGAAGGGAAAAUGAUUUUCCUGUCUGAGGGACUCCUGUUUAUCCAUUCUCAAUAUGGGAGCAUUACACUGUCCAAGGAUCACAUCAGGACCAUCAAGUUCUAUGAUCCGGACUCCAGCGCUGUGGCAUCUCUCCUCGUGGAGUAUGACAGCAGCCUGCUCCCCAACCUUCCGUUCCCUCUCCACAGCGCUGACCACUGUCUGGUGUUUGCUCUUCUGCCCAGGUCUAAGAGCUACAGGGCCUUCUAUUCCAAGGUUUUGUCAGUGUGGCAAAAAUCUGAAUCUGGACUUAAUCUGCAAAUGGUGGACCAAAUGCACCUGACCUGGAACCAGAAAACCAUGCACAGCAGACUGCAGAAGCUCCAUGACAGUCAGGAGCCGCCAGUGGCCAAACGCAGGGGCAGCCUGAAGACUUCAUACUCCCAGCUGCCAGAGCAGGACAUGUUUCUUCAGCACUUUGCCCUGAGUAGUAUUGGUCAGGAGCCCAUUCUGUAUGACCACCUGGGGGUGCUCUUCCCCUCUGCAGAGCUGAGGAAUCCCGUCAACGGUCAGGGAGACGAGGUUGUCAUCACCAUCAUCACUGGAUUACCGGGAAGCCAUAAGGAAAGACUCUGCAAUUUCCUGGUCCAAUUAAACAAGGAACAUGGAAGGUGGGUGGUGUACCAGCCUGGUCCUGACAGCUGUGAGGGCUUCUCAGCCUCUCACCUUCAGCAGUAUUUGUCCAGCUUCCUGGAGAGCCAGAGAGGCCCUGGAGGCAAACCCCGUCUGUUGGUGGUCUCACCGGGAUACACAGAUGUUCUGGAUGUGGUCCAGGCGGUGCUCUUCCACCCUGACCCAGUUGUCCGAGCGUGUUUCACCAUCGGCGCCGUCACCGCCUGCGUGGACCCCCUGGCCUCCUGCGUGGAGCACAGGUUUGCAUUUCCUAAACUGUUGGAGCAGUGCAGCCAAGGUAUUGUGAGUACAGUGGUGUUCACCGGGCUGACAGCGGAGCAGAAGCACCCUCUCACGCAGCAUGUUCAGCAGUUGGUACGCUCCGCCAACCCCACCGCCGCCUUCGUGCUGGCAGAGAGAGGAGCUGUCACCAGGAAUGAAGAUGUGAAUCAGAUAUUUUCGGAGAGCAGUUUCAGUGAGCCGCAGAUGCUGAGAGCCCGUUACGUCCUCUACCCAGGCUGGUGCAAAGGGCGCUUCGUCUCCGGUUGCGGGUCUCUGGUCCUCACCCAGCAGCGCGUGGCUUUCAACCGCCCCCUAGAGAGGCCUCGAUUUGUCACCCGCUGUAAAGGACUCAAGUCGUCACUACGGCCAAGCCCCUUCCGGGGAAACAUGUACAAUGUGUGGGGGAAAGUCCGAUUUUCUGACUCAGACAAGCUGAUGGAGGUGAGCUACAACACGUUGAGCGGGAACCUCAGCAUCAGCGCCGACCCUCUGACCCCGGGCCCCGAGGAGGCCGGCGCGUCCUGCGUCCUGAUCUUCGAUGGCGUCGGCCUCACCGAGGACGGCCUGAAGGACUGGCUCCGGCUGUGUGCCAAGCAGAGGCAGAAAAAGAAACUCAAGAAGACUAAAAACAGCCUUUCACCACAAGAACUCCAGAGCAUACACAUGACCAGGCACCUGGACCGACUACCACAAGGCUACUUCUACAACGGCCGUCAGUUUGUUGACAUCUUUGGAGAAAAAAUGACCUUCCAUCCCUACAUGGAAGACUUUAUUAAGGAGCACCUCGCCGAGGCCAACAAGGAGGUCGAGCUGUUCAACCGUCAGCUGGAGCUGCAGGGACAGCCGGACCUGUUUGACCCGUGAUAGAAUCUGCCCGUACGUCCGCUGCCUCCAUCUGUCUUAUUUUAACUCUAAAGGGAACCACUGUGGGGGUGGAGGGGGAGGGGGGGGGGCUCAGAAUGGUCGGUGUGAGGCCGCACCACGUGACGCUGCUGCGAGAAGCCCAUUCACUAUCCACGAACCGAGACACUUUGCCUCCUGAUUCGGGGGCAUCAAAAAGGGCCGAGCGGCAGACGAGCUUUUAAAGAAUUAAAUCACCCGUAAAUAAAUAAAAAGCGGGCGCGGCGAGGCGGUCCGCCUCACGUCCUUCGGUAUCACCGCUCCCUGUAUACAGUUAGCAGUGAGGCGUCGCAUUCAUCAAGUAAAAUGCGACGCCUUAAAUUGAGACCCGCUGGCCAAGAGAUUAGAGGCGCUCACGACGGCGGACGAAUCCGAAACACAACGCAACGCCAGACUCCACCUUUUUAAACCGCUGCGAUUACGGCCACUAAGCCCGCGGGCGGGGAGACUUUCACGAUCGGGGGGGGUUUCCGAGCGCGCUCUCCCGUCGCCGGGGCGCGUUUCUGUUUAUCGCAGUUGGCAAAUUAAUGCCUCUAUUUCUGGACGGGCGUGGAGGGCCGUGUGAUUGCGGCGGGCUCCCCGGUGGCGUUUCUCACGCACCGCUCCUCCUCUGUUGUCACCCGACCCGCGGCCCACCUGUCGUCUCAGCGGAGGGAGCGCCGCGGUGUUUUUGUUUGAAGACUCGUAAAGUGAAUCUAAUGAAAGUGCAAUAAAGCAGAGCUCCGUCCUCGCAGCGGAGCGGCGGCGUUCCGAAACAGCUGAGGCCGCCAGGCACACGUCGGAUCUCCGAGGUGGCGCUUCCAGCGCAACAUUAAAGCACUCAAUUCUGGUUAUUUGUUUUUUAAUAAUGCUGCUCGUUAACGGGGAGAAUCUGAAGCCUCCCUGCGGCCGGCUGCGGAUCCCUCAAUGUUCAUUUGUGGCUGCGUUAGUCCCAAGUGUCAACACAGUUUUAAACAUCUUUUUGGGUCACAGCUUUCGGGUAAAUGAGAUAAUCCUGGGAAUGUUUGGUCAACACGAGUUGAGCCUUUAGUGCCGGGUUAUCCGGCCUGCAUCGGCGGUGUGACGUCGCAGAGAAUCCGCCCUCCUGUCCCGUCUCAGCAGGGAGUUCGACUCUGCGUCCGUGUGUGACACUAAUAUUCUAUGCACGUCUUCCUCUUGUGGACUAAUUUCCCCUUGUGUGGAUUAAUAAAGGAUAUAUCUCUUAUCUCUCAUCGGGGUUCCUACACAGGUUUUUCCAAGUUGGUUCGCAAAGCCGCGGGUAAUCUCCGCGUCGUCGUCGACCGCUUUGCGAUAUCUGCGUUUCAAAGUAAGAGCGCGGUAAACGGGCGGAGUUUAAAACGCCGAAGCGUGCAGGAACACCGCUACGAUCCCGGGAGCUCCGAGGGCUCUCGUUCCUCACGGGGUCAGCGGCGCAGCCCGAAGCCUCGUCGACUGCUUUUGGGCGCUAACCGAAUCUAUUUCAGUGAACGCAGAGCACUCGCCGAUGCUGCUGCUGCGGCGACAUUACGAUGUAUCGCAUCGGCCCCAACAUAUGUAGAGAAACGUCCCGUAUCCACCGAGCUCUCUGAGAUUCUCAGAUAACAGAGGAAAGGUGUUUCCGUGAAGAGCAGAAUCUUCAUUCCUCGGCAGCGGAGGGAGACGCUUGCCAUUCGGUUCCUAUCUCGGAUAUUAUUAGAUCGGCGGCGACCUCGCCGGCCGCGUCGUGUUUUGCAUGUCUGCCUGUCGGCGCCGUCAACGGCCGGGAAAGAAGAACCCGUGAUUUCGUGGUUCAGCUGAAGACUGAGCGAAGGCAUCGUUAGGCAAGUUGUUUCUCUCCCGGAAGAAUUGAGAUUCAAACAAUCCUGAACCUGAACCGCGCGCCUCCAACACGUAUUACUGCGGCAACAGAGAGGAGGAGCUCGUUCUCUCGUACCCUAUAAAAGAAGUGCAAUUGCACCUCGUGUUUUUCUAUACAGUGAAUCUGCGGUACCCUCCAGAAGCUCUUUAAGGACCGGGCAAACGAACAAAGCCACGUUCUCCGUCUCACGAAACGAGACGACAAACGUAACGCAGCAAAUGGAUUCCAGCGAUGUGCCGUUAAACAAAAAAAAGUAAAAACUCGAGCAGGAUAAUACGUAACAUUACUCCUGUGUUGACAAAAUGUUGACCGGUUGCUCUGUUGAGCUUUUCGGGGAUGUUGGGAGCAACAGUUGCUGUCGCUCUGUCGGCGCGUAACGCGGCAGAGAGUUCCCCUGGUUGACGGGGAAAUAGUCGCCAGAAGGUUCCUCAACUUUGAAACCUGCCAAAGAAGCAGGGAAGCGGGAACUAUAUUUGGCUGAGAAAUCAAAAAGGAGUCCUUAAAGAGCGGAGGGUUAUGUAAUACCGUCGUGAUAUUUAAAUGAAAUUACCACGAACACGUACCCAGUAUACGACGACUGCUACUACAAGUACGUCCACACUAUUUUGCAUGUGUCGAGAUGUCACGCGGCUGCGACAGGCGAUUGUGUCGCGACACAAUCGCCUUUCACCGGACCGGUACGACGAAGAGGAAACAAUCCCGUUGAUUUUAAACAUCCGCUGAGAAAUUUGAAUUUACCUCGAACGCGACGAAGAGUAUUUUUGUAAGACUGUGAAUUGAGAAUCCUAGAUGCAAGCGAAACGUCUCAUCGCGCAAAAAACAAAAAAAGCAGACGCAAUUAUUUUUAUUUAUUUUUAGGAGGAGGAAACAAAAGAACUCCAAACGAGAAUCCGAUCGGGUUGCGAGACGUUUUCUCCGAUCCAGCGGCGCCUCGGCGAGCGUUGGUGAAAGGAGUCCAUGGAGUCGUUCUUUAAAGCAAUGUGUUUCUACUCAGUGAGAGGGUGAAGUAGGCGAUGUCACACGAGGGUGGGGGGGGGGGGGGCUCCGGGCGAUUCAGGUAUUCUUGAAACUAAACAAAAAAGAUAGAUGAAGGCCGGGUACCACUGAGAGUACCGAAGCCAGUACACGCUUCAAUAAGUAUACGUACAACUGCAGUAUCUUAAAUAACGGGAAUCGCAGAUCUAUUUCUGUACGCCCGGCCCGAGGUGGGACAGAACUCUUGACGUUUUUACGCAAAACAAAACAAAACGAGGGUCGAGUUUGUCGGGCGACCUUCCGUCGGCCCGAGGAGCCCUCCACACGCCCCCCGGCGUCUUCGUCUUCCAGCCGUCGCUGAAGUUACAGGACAAAAACAAAGUUUGGCGUUAAUUGGUUUUAUAUACAAGGGGGGGGGGGGGGGGGUGUCUUUUGUUAUUUUCUAGUUUUGAAGAUUGGCUCCGUGUUCGAAAAAGGGGGCCGACUGCGUGGAAUGUACGCACUCCUUGAAGAAGUGGAUCUUUCUAAGGUGUUUUUCGUGCUUAUUGGAGGUUUGGGCUCGGACGACGUCAUCGUGAACCGUCCAGAACAUUCCCCCGUCCACUCGGCUCGUUUGGGCUCUUCCGUCCCAUCGAGGUUCAGAAGGGCGUCUCGGGCUCUUCGCCCCCGCAGGCCGCCCCGGACAGAGGGAGGGAUUCGCUCAGGCGUUCCUCUCAUCUCCGUCCCUGAGAUGACACAAAGAGCCAGAGCGCUGCAGCAGAAGACGGCGGCGACGCCGCGGUUAAUGUCUCGCGUCCGUGGCCUCGUCGUCGUUAUCCGAGCAACGGAAGCGAUUCAUGUCGUCGUGACGGGAUCAGAUCGCGGGGCUCGUUUCUUCUUCUCUCUCUCCAGGCCGUCCAACGCGAACAGAAAAGAGAACUCGCUUCAAAAGUGCCAAACGGUGUUUCCACGUUUUAGUUUUGAGCCGCGAGAACCGAAUUACAUUUGCACAAAAAUCGCCUGUAACUUCUGUUUUUCUCCUGUGACCGACGCUUUUUAAAAUCUAACUGUUGUUUUUAUUGCACCGCGUGUCCCAUUAAAUAUUUAUAAGGUU